GGCGGGGAGGCGGGCUCAGCCUAGCCCAACCCUCCGCGGCAGUGGCCCGGUGUGCGGGAGGCGCUGCUGGUGGCGGGCUCCUGAGCGCCGUCCGCCGCUGCUGAGUUUGUCACCGGAGCCCCGUGCCUUCGCCCGGUGCUGCCGGCCCUCUCCCGCCGCCAUGGCCCUGGUGCGAGAUGCCGAGCCGGCCUCGGGGCCCUCCCGCUGGCUGCCCACGCACGUCCAGGUGACAGUACUGCGAGCCCGCGGGCUUCGGGGCAAGAGCUCAGGCGUCGGCAGCACCAGCGACGCGUACACCGUGAUCCAGGUGGGCCGCGAGAAGUACAGCACGUCGGUGGUGGAGAAGACGCAGGGCUGCCCCGAGUGGCGCGAGGAGUGCUCCUUCGAGCUGCCGCCCGGCGCCCUGGACGGCCUGCUGCGGGCGCAGGAGGCGGACGCGGGCCCGGCGCCCUGGGCCUCGGGCUCGGCCGCCGCCUGUCAGCUGGUGCUCACCACCAUGCAUCGCUCGCUUAUCGGCGUCGACAAGUUUCUGGGGCAGGCCACCGUGGCGCUGGACGAGGUCUUCGGGGCUGGCCGCGCCCAGCACACGCAGUGGUACAAGCUGCAUUCCAAGGCAGGCAAAAAGGAGAAGGAACGUGGAGAGAUCCAAGUCACCAUCCAGUUCACUCGAAACAAUUUGAGUGCCAGCAUGUUUGACCUGUCCAUAAAGGAUAAGCCACAGUCCCCCUUCAGCAAGCUCAAGGACAAAAUGAAGGGAAAGAAGAAGUAUGACCUGGAAUCUGCCUCUGCCAUCCUCCCAAGCAGUGCCCUAGAGGAUCCCGAGCUGGGCAGCCUGGGCAAGAUGGGCAAAGCCAAAGGCUUCUUCCUCCGCAACAAACUGCGCAAGUCAUCUCUGACUCAGUCCAACACCUCGCUGGGCUCGGACAGCACCUUGUCUUCGGCCAGUGGGAGCCUGGCCUACCAGGGCCCUGGCGCUGAGCUCCUCACCCGCUCGCCGAGCCGCAGCAGCUGGCUGUCCAGUGAAGGGGGCAGGGAUUCUAUACAGUCCCCCAAGUUGCUCACCCAUAAGAGGACCUAUAGUGAUGAGGCCAGCCAGCUGCGUGCUGCCCCUACCCGGGCCCUUCUUGACCUCCAGGGCCACCUUGAUGCUGGCCCCCGCUCUUCCCUCUGUGUCAAUGGGAGCCACAUUUACAAUGAAGAGCCCCAAGCUCCUGCACGGCACCGCAGCUCCAUUUCUGGCCCAUUUCCACCCUCCAGCUCCCUUCACAGCGUCUCUUCCCGGCCCUCUGAGGAGGGGUCUCGAUCUUCGGAUGACUCUUGGGGCAGAGGCAGCCGGGGUGCUGGCAGCUCAUCAGAAGUGGUGCCUGGACCGGAGGAGCUGAGCACUCAGGCCAAAGCGCAGGCCAGGGAGGAGCGGGCCCAGACCCCAGAGGGGAAGCCAGUCCAGGUUGCCACACCCAUACUGGUCUCCUCUGAGGCUGUGGUGGAGAAGGAGGGAGCUCGGAAGGAGGAGCGUAAGCCCCGGAUGGGUCUCUUCCACCAUCAUCACCAGGGCCUGAGUUGGAGCGAGUUGGGGCGUCGUGGCUCUAUAGGGGAGAAGGGUGGUCCCACAGUAGGGGCCUCCCCCCAGCAUUUGUCCAGUGGGGAGGACAAGGCCAAGAGUAGCUGGUUUGGCCUGAGAGAAUCCAAGGAAUCAUCUCAGAAACCCAGCCUGGACGUGUCUCCUCAGGUAGAAUCUGACCCAGCCGCCGCUCCUCACCACCUCCCCUGCUCCCCCUGGGCUCUGGCCCAACCUACUCCUGUUCCCACUGCUGCUUCCAUGCUAAGCACUAAGCUUUUUGCAGCCGCCUCCCCCGCUGCUGCCACUGCUGCUGCCGCUGCCACCACCACCACCACCACCACCACUACCACCAUCACCACCCCCGAAGCCACCCAGUCUGGAUUCUUGGGUGUCACCAACCCGUUCCUCACCUCCUUGCAGAGCAACCCCUUCUUUGAGGAGCUCGUAGCCAACAUAACACUAAACUCUCCUUCACCUGCUCCCUUUCUCCCCAGUGCCUCGAAGGCCAGCCCCGCCCCCCUGGCCUCCCCUGGGAGAGUCUUGCCUGAGUGGGACGACACCUUCAACGUCUUUGCUGCCGACAGGCUGCAUCCAGAGGCCAGGAACAAGAUCCUGGUCCCAGCUGGAGUGGGGCCGGAGACGUCUGGGCUGCAAGACUCAGGCCCAGGGGCAAUGGCAGUGAAGGCAACUGAGCCCCAAGGAGACCCUGGGGGAGGAAGCGGUGGGAGCAGCAUGUGGUCAGAGUCCAGGACUCCUCUGGACUUGGGACUGGACCAGCAGACCAUGAGUGCAUCUGACCCAGGGCCCCUUGGGUCGGCAGGGACUGCCCUGCCCCCCCAGCUGCACUUGCAAGCCUCAGCCUCAGCACCAGACAGGGAGCCACUGGCCCCUGAGGGUGGAACCGGGCAGAGUCCAGCAGAUAGUGGAAAGUCUCUGUUCAGCUCCCCAGAAGUGAUCAGUGCGUGGGAGCAGCUACCUGGUUUGGAUGACUCCCCUGAGGGCCAGGACGUGGAGGCCCCCCAGAGAAAAAGCCAGCUUUUCCAUGAGCUCAGUACCGCUGAUGAUUCCUGGCCCUGGGAUGUGGUCACCAUUUCUCCUGCAGCUGAGAUGGCCUCACCAGUCCUGCAGGGAGAGUCUGAUGAGCUGCCUGUUCCCCAGGUGCUGCUGGAAUCACCUGAAACUGUGGAUCCCACACGGAGCAAGGGCCUUUCCUCAGUGGAGCUGAAGGCAGAGCUUAAACAUGAGUGGGGGUCAGACAAGGGGCUGCAGCCCAGCACACCACCUCCCAAGCCACCACGCCUCUUCAUGCCCUCGAACUCUCAGGUGGAGGAAGAAGAAGACACAGCUGCAGGGAGGCUGAGUAACCAGGGAUCAGGGUCAGAAGAAGACGCCACCCCAAGUGCUCUGUUUGUUAGUCCUCAGAAAGCCAAGGAAGAGAGUGAAAAACCUGAGUCGGAGGAGUCCGAUAGCAGAUCUUCUGGGACUUUGCUGGAUGAGCCAGGCCUAGAGGAGCAGGUAGACAAUGCCAGCCCCACUGGGUCCAGGGCCUGCCUGACUGUGUCCACCAGCUUCCCUGAGGGGCCUCUGCUCAUACCCUGUUAUUCAGCAAGUUCAGCUCUUCCAAGUCAGCAGACCUGGGGGGCUCCAGAGAGAGAAGGUCUGGAGAACCAGAGCCAGGAGCCAGGAGAAGAGGCCCUUGCUCCUCUAUCAAAUACCCCUCAGCAGGCUGAUCUGUGGGCCUUGGAGGAGGAUGCCUUGAGCCCCUUCUUGUCUAGGGGGAACCAAGAUCCACCUAGCCUUCCAUCCACAUCCCCACCAGGGUCCAGAGAUCCUUCCAUCCACUCUGGUCCAGAAGAGCCACCCAUGCCCCCAGAGCCUACCUUUCCACCACCCCCUCUCCUGCCCUGGGCCAGCCACCACCAUGGAGACCCUGGCCCUCCGUGCUCUCCCCUUUAUGGAGCCUGGCCUCUGACCUCUUCCUCCCCACCUCCGGGGGAGCCAGACUCACCCCCCGGCUCCUUUGAGCCCUCCCCUGGUGAAGGCUCCCCUGUCUCACUCGGGGAAGACCACGCUGCAGCCACCCCAGCCUCCUUGCUUGUGCUUCUGCCCUUGGAGACACGACCAGCUGAAGAGCCACAGCCCAGUGCCAGUCCCCACCCUGUGAAGCCCCUCAGUGCAACCCCUGUCGAAGGCAGCCCAGACAGGAAGCAACCCCGCUCCAGUCUGAGCACGGCCCUGAGCAGUGGGCUGGAGAAGCUCAAGACAGUCACAUCUGGCAGCAUUCAGCCUGUGGCCCCGGCACCCCAGCUUGGCCAGACUGUGGAUACCAAGAAGCUGAAGGACUCUGCUGUGCCAGACCAGUCGGCCAAGUACUACCACUUGACACACGACGAGCUCAUCGGUCUGCUCCUGCAACGAGAACGUGAGCUGAGCCAGCGGGAUGAGCAUGUGCAGGAGCUAGAGAGCUACAUUGACCGGCUGCUAGUUCGGAUCAUGGAGACCUCACCCACACUGCUGCAGAUCCCUCCUGGUCCCCCCAAGUAGCCACCCCACCCCACCCCCACCCCCACCCCUGAAGGGUUGGUGAGGACCUGCUGCCCAGACAAGGCUUGUGGGCCUGCCUGCCUGCCUGUCCUCCUUCCCACUGAACACACUCCCCUGGGCAGGGUACAGUCUGUCCUGUGGUCACUCCCUGCCACCCUGCUCUUGCCUCUCUGAAGGGGGCCCUGGGACUCCCACUGGAGGCAUCAAGUUCCACGUACAACUUGUGUGUCUGUGGGGACCCUAGGUCUUUCCCACCUGCCUCUCUUCCUACCCCUUAGCUUUGAGGACUCUUGGGGAAUUGGAACAAGGAAAUUAGUCCUCAAGACCGGCAGGAGUGGGCUGCAGUUUGGUGUGUCUGAGAAAAGCUAUUGUGAGCACAGAUUUAUUACUCCCCAAGGAUGGUCUGCCAUUCCUUCCCAUGGCAGUCCCUCAUCCUCUUCAUUUCCCUCCAGGAUCUGGAGGGGAUCUAGUAUUACUGGGACUGGGACAGGGACCAAUCUGACCAUUUGCCCAAGUUGUGGGCAAUCCAGGUGCCUACUCUUCAGUCCUGUGUCCUUCCCCUGAGAGCAGGGGCCUGUGUGGUCCAGUCUAGUCUUCGCCAUGUCUGGAGUCUGUUUCUGCCUUGAGCUGUUGCAGAGCGAAGUGCAGCAUGGAAGGAGGUGGUGAUGUGUGUUGUCCAGGCUGCUCCCUGACCCUCUUUGGACCUUCCCACUGGGUGUCACUGUUGAGUGUGAAGGUAGGGCUGGGUCAGGAGAGAGCUCCUCCUUGCUCUUCUGGUUCCCACUCAUCUCUGAUGUAUGGGCCCCACCAUGUCAGAGCUUUAGGCUGCUUAUGUUUUGGGGAUCAAGCUGCCGUGUCUGUUCUUAUUUCCUGUCCAGAUGCCAAAACUCUGUGGUCCUGCAGGGUUUGAACUUUUGGAAACCAAUUAAAAUGUGCCUUUUGUGGGUGGGGUCAAGAGCCUCUGGAUGUAGAUCUCUCCUUUGCUGUGGCAUCCCCCUUCCUCCUGUUUGAGCACACCAGGUGUCCCUGUCAGGGUCCUGGGAAGGGAAUGGGGGUCGAAAAGUCCUGCUGUGUGUUCUUCCCCUUCUGAGAGUAUCUCGGCUAAAGGUCUGGCCAAGUUGCUGCUACUAAUCUUCCUGCUGUCUUCCCCUUUUCUUCAACCCCAUUUGGAGGAUUCUAGGAUAAAAACCUCUGGUGAACUAUAGGUCUGGGGCCACCCUGCUCACUAGCCUGGCCUCAGGACUCAGCCAUACUGGAGCAGUUGGCUGUUCUGGAAAUGGGAGGCCUCACUAUGCCUUAGGAGACACCUGUACUCCUUUGCUGCUCUCCCACCCAUCCACUAACCUGCUGUCCCAGCCUGUUCCAUCUGCCUUGCCUGGUUUGGCUACAGUGCACUUUGAAAUGAAGUAUCUGUCCUUUGGCCUAGUCCCUGGUUUGCUUGUGGAAAACAUGGCAGGUUUCCCCACAACAUCUGCAGGGAUCCUUUGGUAGCUUGGGCACCCUGCAUUAGCAAAAGAUGGGGAGUGAAAGCAUGUCAAAGGAGGAUACUUUUAGCCUAGUGAAGGGGAAGAGCUCCUCUGAGGCUGUCUUCUGUGGGCUUGCCAUUAGGCCUUGGGAUGCAUUCUGUGGGUGAUGGCAGUCCUCUGUCAGGAUGGAGCAGAGGGGUCCUAUACCCGGGGGAAAGCCUCUGCAGAGUUGCCUACCUUAGAGUCCACUCACCAGAGCUGAGAAAUGUAUCCAUAGGUGCCCAGAUCUUCAGUCACAUUUUUGAAGGGUCAUUGAAGAUGAGAGAGAUGACUUUUCUGAGGGAGGGGCCAUUCCCCUACUAGGUACUCUGGGCUCUUUGGUCCUAGUCCCAGCCCUGGGUAGGUGUAUCUUCAGAAGAGGUUUGGAAUUGAAUGCAGCCAAGGGUUGUUGUUUGAUGUUUCUGCUCCUAACCACAAGCUACAGGUAGGGUGGGCAGGUAGCAGGCACCAUUCUGCUUUGCUGUUUGUCUCCCUAGGUGUACCUCCUGUUUAUAAAGAGCUUGUUGUUCAUGUUUUGAGCACUUUAUGAAGAAUAAAAAGUCCACAUACUCCA